AUGUACUCAUCCACCCGAUUCAUGAAUUCGGGACGGAACACCGACCUCGCAGCCUCCAGCACCCGCUGCUUUAUAGUCUCGUACGCCGUCUCCCUGGGCACGUCCUCGUUCUCCAAUAACCGAAUACGGCCUCCUCCGAACAGUCUCCGUCAGCUGUCCGCCUUCUUCGUACCCGACAUAGCCCGGCGGCGCCCCAAUGAGCCUCGAGACCGCGUGCUUCUCCAUGUACUCACUCAUGUCGAUCCUCACGAGAGCCUCCUCCGUGUUGAACAUGUACGAGGCAAGGGCCUUGGCCAGCUCGGUUUUCCCAACCCCAGUGGGCCCCAUGAACAUGAAACUAGCAAUCGGGCGGUGGGGGUCCGAGAGGCCUGCCCGGGACCUGUGUAUGGCCUCGGCUACGGAGCGAACCGCAGGUUCUUGGCCGACUACGCGUUUGUGGAGCUCUUCCUCGAGAUGCAGAAGUUUCUCCCUUUCAGACUGGAGAAGUUUCGAGACGGGAAUUCCGGUCCACUUGCUCACGAUUUCGGAGAUGUCGUUACCGGUGACUUCCUCGCGGAGCAUGGAUUUUCCGGACUUCAAGUACUCGUCGAGUUCUCGCUCGGCGGUCUCGAGCUGCCGCUGAAGGGAGUUUAG